UCGCGAGAUUUGGGCCAGGAAGGAAGGAAGAAGGCGGGCAGUAAUGGCGGCGGCAGAAACAACAACAGCAACGGCGAUGGCGUCGUCGGCUUCUUCGGCGCCGUGCAGCCCGUCGGCCCGGGACCUCUUCGCCGAGGGCCUGCUGGAGUUCCUCCGCCCGGCGGUGCGGCAGCUCGACUCCCACGUCCACGCCGUGAGGGAGAGCCAAGUGGAGCUGCGCGAACACAUCGACGGCUUGGCUGCAGAACUCUGCCGGAUCAAGGAGGACCAGAAGGUGGCCCUGGACCUGGAUCCCUAUGUUAAGAAGCUGCUGAAUGCCCGCCGCCGGGUUGUACUGGUCAACAACAUCCUGCAGAACGCCCAGGAGCGGCUGAGGCGGCUCAACCACAACGUGGGCAAGGAAACCGCCCGCAGGAAGGCUAUGCUCGAAGCUGGGGGCAGCUACCCUCAAGGCUCUCCCUCCAAGUGAGGAUGGCACCAAAGGAGAUGGACAGAGCCGCCGGGCCGCUACUGCGGCAUUGCCAUUAACAGGGACAAGGGCACACUUUGGUGGGAACUGAAUGGCAAGGAGAAAAAGACAAGUGCUGGAACGCUUUGUAUUUUGCCUGAGGUUGGGACAAUUGCCCCUCCGAUGCUUCCUUGCAAUACUCCUGCCACGGGGUUGGUGCAACUGGUUCCAUGGAACGAGAAGACUGCCUACACCUCUUCCUCCCGCAAUAAAAUUCACUGCUAGCCAAUGA